AACGCCGGUCCAAAACCAUCGAACAUCGUACAUUACCUAGGCCUUAGGUAUCCUAAUGCCUAUUUUUGUGUCUGUAUUCUUUCCGUGCAAUCCCCGAAGUUGGCGAGCUGAUAUUCAAUCAAGCUGCAAUAUAUAACUUGGACAAGAUGGAUGACAAGACACCAGAGCUAGGUUCUCCAUUAUCACAAGAAUGCAGUGCACAACCUCUCUACAACUGGCUAGAUGUAACAAGUGCAUUCAUUGAAGCAACCGAUGAGCUUAAGCAAGGAGAACUUUUCCAUGAUUCCAGUUUUGGAUUAUUUGAAGCAAUGUCUGCGAUUGAAAUGAUGGACCCUAAGAUGGAUGCUGGAAUGGUUUGCAAUCAAAAGAGUGAAAUCCUAAAUCUUGAGCAGGGUAUAGAAAUGGGUAAAAUCAUCAUUAAAGAUAUUGCAUUACCAGAUCAAAUUGCAAUAAUUGAUACAACAUUUGCCUGUUUGGUCACAUGGCUUGAAGGCCAUUCUUUAGCACAAACUGUAUUCACAAGUCUGUACACACACAACCCAGAUAUCAUUGAGGAUCGCUGCAUCAAGGCUUUCACACUCGCUAUUCUAAAGAUGGUAGACAUCAUAAAGGAUAAAGUCAUCAGAGCAUCUGUGUAUGAAGAGGAAGACUUCCAGCCACUUUUGUAUGGUUUUCAGUUAGCACCAAAAGUAACAGAGCUGCGAGUUUGUGGGAUGCUUAAAGAAGUUGAAGAGGAGUACAACAAAAAGAUCAAGAACACAAGAACACGUCCAACAGAAAAGAAAGAUGAUGUUAAAGAAUUACAGCAUGAGCAAUACAUGGCUGUCCACACAAGGAUUAAAGCUACCAGAAUGAUCUACACAACUCUGUUAGAUUUGAACAAAAAAGAAGUAAAGACUGGUCUAGAAGAAGCUAAGAAACACUUGGACCAGUCAUCUAGUCUCCUUGCUGUUGUCAAGCAAUCUAUAAACCUAGGCACAUCAAAUCAAGAAUCAGACCUACAGCAAGUGAAUGCUGACAUAUCCAGUGUAAUGGGUUUUGAACCACUUGUUAAUCAACGGCUUCUUCCGCCAACAUUUCCAAGAUACACAAAGAUUGUUGGCCGUCUAGAAGCCAUUGAGUAUUUAAUGAACCUUAUUGAACGCUUGAAGAAAGUAUGUCAAGUUACAAACCAACCAAACUUCCAAGCCAUAAUGGACUUUUUUAUUGAUUUUAGCAAGGAGUGUCCAUGCAUUCUGUCUCGCUCCAUCCUUCAGUUGAUCUUCUUGCCAUAUAAUAACAAACGCGUUUUUGGUGUUGAGCUACUACAAGAUUCGAUCAAAGAAUAUCUUCGUACACAUGUGUGUUUCCCAGUUUUUAUGGUACGUCAUCCACUGUACAACCAUCAACAAGCAAAAGAACAUAUCGAUGCAUUUCUGAGCAAAGCUGUAAGGCCUAUAUGUCAGUUGAUGCAAGUUCAUGGUCAUAAUCGAGCUCGUCAACGUGAAAAACUAGCCCACGCACUUGAGGAGCUGUCAUCGUUACAAGAUGAGGCUGAGCAGCUUGACCGGGAAUUAAGCAAUAUGGUUGGUCGAAGUAACAGAGAAGUGAGCUGUUUUAGUAAUUGGGCACUGUACUACACCCUUCGAACCAUGAUCCAACAUAUGCAACUAGGAUUUGAAUUGGAACUUUAUGCUGUCCAUGAAUAUCAUUACAUCUAUUGGUACCUGUCAGAAUUUUUGUACAAGUGGUUGGAGUCAACGUUACGACGUCUGGAAGUUAUGCUUCAAGAGAAAGAAUCACAGAUAGAUCAAACGCAGAAAUCCCGUAUUAGUCGCAAGAAAGCCAAAAAGAAGAAGAGUCGUCCGAUCGACCGUGAAAUGGUUUUGGUGGAAGCUUUUCAGGCCAUGACUUGUGGAUAUUAUAAGGCUAUGAUUGGUUUCAAAAUGUCUCGUAAACUUGUUCAACCAAAUUAUGACUUUGAUCAAGAGAAGAUUCGUUAUGAGCACCGCUUGUCUGCUUUCACCAUUAUAAUGACGCCACCUCCUGUCCAGUAUGAACACUUCUUGGAUAUGACUCAUCCAUCAAAGUAUCCAACUGCUGGGCCGGCAUACUUCUUCCAAAUGGCUCAACAAGCAUUCCAACAGGCUCGUCAACGAUUUGAAAGUAUUUCAAAUCCAACAGAAGAGAUGACUGUCCUGGGGAUCAUUGCAAAGACAAACUUUGUAGUCGUCAAACUUUUAGCCAGCGGGCACAUGAAAGAGUCGCCAAAUCCUCCAGAGUUCGAUUUUUCCAGCCACCCUACGUAUCCAAUCAUAAGACUAAAAUGAGUAUUGUUUAUAAGUGUUGUUUUGUUGCAUUGAAGGAUGUUGAGAUUGAGUGGAGCUGUUGCUUGGGUGAUUAAUAUGCUUUUCGUCUAAUCUAAGCAUUCUUGGUUGAUCGUAAAAGAAGUCAAUAUUUUUUCAUAACUAAAACAAUAUUGAUAUUAAUAAUGAAAAUUUGUUGUGCACCAGUAUCCAUCUAGAAAGAGGUUCACAGUGCAGUCACAUGACAGUCAACUUCAAUGUUCUAA